UUUGGGCAUGUCCAUGGAAAAUGAGUGGUAGGUUGGGUGCGGCUCGGACUUCGUCUCGAUUGGGAAACUGUCUCUGACUCUGUGUGCAGGAGAAAAGCCUACUGAAAAAUUCAUAAUGAGAGAGCAGAGAUAUCUGACUCGAGAGAAGAGAAGACUAAACUAUAACAUAUAGAUACAUAAGAAAGUGGUAGUGGCAGUGGUACAAGAUGUCCAGAAGCGUAGACGUAUCGACCAAUGAGAGGGCGUACUUUAUCGAAGGGUUAAAGGCCGGAAUCCGGUUAAAUGGACGUCGAUUUGAUGAGAUUCGUUACCCCCAUAAUAUUCAUCUUAGUAAAGAAGAAUAUGGAUAUGUUGAAUUAGAAUGGGGAAAAAAUAAAAUAAGUGUACGAGUUAGUAGUUAUAUACGGAAACCAUUUGAAGAUCGACCAUUUGAAGGAAUAUUUAAUAUCAAUUGUGAAAUUAAUUCUAUGGCAAGUGCUAAAUUUGAGAAUGGUAAAAAUUCUGAUGAGGAAGUAUUAAUUAGUAGAAUUAUUGAAAAAUCUAUAAGAAGAUCUAAUUCACUUGAUUUAGAAAGUCUUUGUAUUAUAGCAGGUGAAAAAGUUUGGAAUAUUACUGUUGAUUUAAAUUUUUUAAAUUAUGAUGGGAAUUUUAUUGAUAUUGGAUGUUUUGGAGUUAUGUUAGCAUUACAACAUUUUAAAAAACCAGAUAUAAGUAUAAUUAAUGGAGGUGAAGAUAUUAUAGUUCAUGAUAUUAAUGAACGAGAACCUCAACCUUUAAGUAUUUUACAUGUACCUGUAUGUCUUACUUAUUGUUUUUAUAAUAUAACAAAUCAACAAGAAGUAAACAUUAAGGGAGAAUCAACUUCUGAUGAUAUUUAUUUAUUAGAUUGUGAUUAUAAAGAAGAUCUAUUAAAAAGUGGUAGUAUCAUUAUAACUUUAAAUAAGAAUCGAGAAAUUAUCCAAUUAAGUAAAAAUGGUGGUAUACCGAUAGAUGCAAGUUUAUUAGUAGAUUUAGCUCUUGGAUCAAUUAAAGUAGUGGAUGAAUUAACUGAUUUAAUGAAAAAAUUAAUUAAAGACCAUGAACAGCAAAGGUUUGACGAAUUAAACUUGAAAUUAUUACAAGUAGGAGCUGACCGUUAGCUUUAUACUAGUGUAUAUUACGUUAUAAACAAAAAUUAAAAAAAUGUUAAUAAAAAGUAAAGAUUAAAUAAUGUAGAUGUAAAGGGGGAUGAAAGAGUGCAAAGUUAAUUAAAAAGUUCAUGAAGUAUCUAUACUAG